CUCUUUUCUGCUUUCUUUAUCUUUUUCUUUUCUGCAGGGUUUCCAUUUCUCUUAUUGCAUUCACUCCCCACCAAAGAAACACAGCCUUCCUUUCCUUUCCUCCUUCAUGUUUUAUCCUCUUUCCUUGUUACUCUAAGCCACACAAAGCAAAGCCCUUUUCUCAUCUCAAAAGUUUGCUCAUCCCUUAACUGAGAAUAGAAACAAUAACAAUAAUCGGCAUAGAGAGAGGGAGAGAGAGUGAGAGGUUGGAAGUCGUAAAAAAAAGUUUUUUUUUUUUUUUGGUGCUAGUUUAAUUGGUAUAUUUAGGGCGCAGAGGCAGAGAGAUGGGGAGAGGGAGAGUGGAGCUGAAGAGGAUAGAGAACAAGAUCAACAGGCAGGUGACAUUUGCAAAGAGGAGGAAUGGCCUGCUCAAGAAGGCUUAUGAGCUCUCUGUCCUCUGUGAUGCUGAGAUUGCCCUCAUCAUCUUCUCCACCCGCGGCAAGCUCUACCAGUUCUCCAGCUCCUCUAGCAUGUCGAAGACCCUUGAGCGAUACCAAAGGUGUAGUUACAAUGCUCAGCUGGAGAGCAGCCGACAGAUCACUGAGACACAGAGCAGCUAUCAGGAGUACUUGAAGCUCAAAGCAAGAGUUGAGGAUCUUCAGCAAACUCAGAGAAAUCUUCUUGGAGAGGAUUUGGGUUCACUGAGCAUGAAGGAGCUGGAGCAGCUCGAGCGUCAGCUCGAGAGCUCUCUGAAGCACAUUAGGUCAACCAAGGAUCAGUCCAUGAAUGAUCAAUUCACCGAUCUUCAGAAAAGGGAACAAAUGCUAUUAGAAGCUAACGAAUCCCUGCGAAGGAAGUUGGAGGAGAGCUGUGCCCAUUUUCCUUUCCAGCUUUCUUGGGAAGCAGCCGGAGCUCAGCUCAAUCUUCCGUAUGGCCGAAUUCCUGCUCCACAAGCAGAAGCCAAUUUCUUCCAUCCUCUUGACUGCAACUCGACUUUGCAAAUCGGAUGGGAUCAACUGAUGAUCAGGUGAAUGCUGCAUCCACCAGUCAAACCGUGACCGGAUAUAUUCCUGGGUGGAUGUUCAAUUGAAGCAUACAUGAAGCUUUCUUCCAAGCUCCAAGGAUUGAUGACACUCGACACUUCGUUCUACCUGCAACUGUUUUUAUAUAUGAAUUUACGGGCUUGCCUUUUCUGCUUUAACCUGUAAGUAGUGCCGCAAAGAAUAAGUAGAGAUUGUCCGAAGCUGUUUCCGAACAGCAUAGAGGAUAUAUCUACUGCUUUUGCUUUUUUCCUUUUGCUUGAGAUCCAUAAGAUCCCUUUGGAGAUCAUGAGGUUUGUGGCUUGUUGAUGACUGAUAUCAAUUAUGUAAUCUUUUGUGUAAGUAUAUUUCGAGCUAAGAAUUUAUUUUUAUCGAUGA